CUCCGCAGUUUCUGUUCGACAGCCCUCGAGUUCGGUUCUAGCUCUCUCUCAACCCAAAAAAAGAAAGACAAACGCAGCUUAAACAAACUCGCCAUAAAUAAAUCAGCUAAUUGUAGUUUGUUUUGGAAAUCUCUAGUAGAUUUUAACGCGAGUCAGAGACCGACACUCAGAAGCAGCUGUCACUUGAACCCAAUCAACGAACAAAUCAACGAAAUAAUAAAUCAGCCACGAAACCAACUACAAUAACAACGAAAAUAGCAAUCUCUCUUCGAGUGCUUUCGAGUGAACAGAUGUUUUGAAAAAUCCCCGAAAAUCGCGACUAAUCCUGCAAAUCACUGUUGGCCAUCGAAGUUUUUGGCCAACCGAUAAGGUGAAGUUUUUUACUGUGCAAAAGAAAGUUACGAAAAUCAAACCAUCGAGCGGGAGAAGCAGAAGGAGAUUCAGAUACAGAUACCCCGGAUAUAAAAGAGGACUAGCCUGCGGUCGGCCCCCCGGCGAAGAAAAAGGAACAGGAUCAAGGCCCCUGUGCCCGCGUGCGAAAGAUUCGUCCAAUAAACAUGGGCGGCAACGUGGAGCAGCGUCCUUGGACGCCAACGGUCCGCAUUGGCAGGAUCGCAGCCGAGACCACCAAUCCAGGCCCAGCCACCGUCCAGCUGCCGACUUUGAUCGGUAGCAAAGUACCGGACUCGAAAAAGAAGGCCGCCCCCUCGUACUCCUUUGGGCACAAGUUGGGCGGCAAGUACGACACCUCCGGUCCGGGUCCGGCGCAAUACAAUGUGACCGGGAUGCGGGCGAAGGGCCGUGAUUAUCCCAGAGCCGCCACUCUGCAGAGCAGACCCAAGGAACUGACACGGUUCUCCAAUCCCGGACCCGGCGAAUACGACGUGGUGCCGGCGGCCAAGGCGGUGAUCGAUGCCACGCCCAAGUACACCUUUGGCCAGCGACCGGCCACGCUGAAGACGUUCCAGAUUCCAGGUCCCAACCAUUAUCGAGUGGUGCCCCUUGAUGUCGUCAAGCGGCGAGCCCCACGAUACUCCUUUCGCAUUAAGGUUAACGUGUACUUUGUUAACAAUCCAGCUCCGAAUAGCUAUUGCCCUGAAAAGGUCACGCAAUCAAAAAAGAAUGCGCCACGCUACACUUUCGGUAGACGAACUAAAAUCGAACACGAUCGGGGCACACCAGCUCCUGGCGCCUAUUGUCCCGAGAAGGUGAAGCUCAACAAGACGCCGGAGUUCAGUUUCGGCAUAAAGCACCACGAACAGCGGCCAGACUACACGCCAGCGCCGGGCACUUACAAACCUGAGCAGGUUGUCCUAGAACACAUGCCCGCCUACAGCUUUGGCCUGAAAACCAAGCACAUCCAGGUCAGCGAUACACCAGCACCCGGUGCCUACAGCCCCGAAAAAUCUCGGCUGCACUCCACACCCGCUUACUCAAUCACAGGAAAGGCCUCCCACGAUGUCGUCGAUUGCACACCUGCACCUGGAGCAUACGAACCCGAGAAGUGCGUGCUGAGCCGGACGCCCGCCUUCAGCUUUGGCCACCGCGUGGAGCUAGCCAAGUGCAGCGACACGCCCGCACCGGGCACCUACAAUCCCGAGAAGGUGCGGUUGGACCACACGCCCGCCUUCACCCUCUCCGGCCGCCCGGAGACCAGGUCCAUCAGCGAGACGCCCGCGCCCGGUUCGUAUGCCCCGGAAAGGUACCGCAAUGACCGCACGCCGGCCUUCACCUUCGGCGGUAAGCACGAGCAGCGGCUCGAUAGCUCCACUCCGGCACCGGGCGACUACAGUCCCGAAAAAGUGCGGCACGAUCACAAUCCCGCUUUCUCAUUCGCCGGUCGCCACGAAUUGCACAAGACGAGCGACACGCCAGCACCGGGUGCCUACGAAACGGAGAAGGUCCGCCAGGAUCACAAUCCCGCCUUCUCCUUCGCCGGGCGACACGAUCUGCAGCGGCCCAGUGAAACUCCCGCCCCGGGUGCGUACUCCCCGGAAAAGGUCCGCCAGGAUCACAACCCCGCCUUCUCGAUGGCCGGAAAGCACAGUCAGAAGGUGGCCAGCGAUGGCCCAGCUCCUGGUGACUACUUUCCCGAGAAGGUUCGCCUGGACCACACGCCCGCCUUUAGUUUUGGGGUUAAGAAUGAUCCUAAAAUAGAGAACAGCACUCCAGCCCCUGGGGACUACCAUCCCGAGAAAGUUAGACAGGAUCACAAUCCCGCCUUUUCGUUCGCUGGUCGCCACGACCUCCACAAACCCAGUGAAACUCCCGCUCCAGGAGCCUACUCUCCGGAGAAAACCAGACAGGAUCACAAUCCAGCCUUCUCAAUGGCUGGCAAGUAUGAUCAGAAGAUUGCCAAUGGCACUCCCGCCCCUGGUGACUAUAGUCCCGAAAAGGUUAGAUUAGAUCACACACCAGCUUACAGUUUCGGGGUAAAGAAUGAUCCCAAAGUAGAGAACAAUACCCCUGCUCCAGGAGAUUAUCAUCCGGAGAAGGUUAGGCAGGACCAUAAUCCUGCCUUUUCCUUUGCCGGUCGUCAUGAUCUUCACAAGCCCAGUGAUACUCCCGCCCCAGGAGCUUAUUCCCCCGAGAAAGUUCGUCAGGAUCACAAUCCUGCUUUUUCGAUGGCAGGCAAACAUAUCGAAAAGCUGGUAAAUGGUACACCAGCUCCUGGUGACUACUGUCCUGAAAAGGUGCGACUAGACCAUACUCCCGCCUACACUUUUGGUGGCAAGAAUGAUCCCAAAAUAGAGAAUAAUACCCCAGCUCCAGGAGAUUAUCAUCCGGAGAAGGUGAGGCAGGAUCACAAUCCCGCCUUCUCCUUUGCCGGUCGUCAUGACCUCCAAAAGCCAAGUGAUACUCCCGCCCCAGGAGCUUACUGUCCGGAGAAAGUCAGACAAGAUCAUAAUCCCGCUUUCUCAAUGGCUGGAAAACACAGCCAAAAGAUCUCCAGCGACACACCAGCUCCAGGUGAUUACAGUCCUGAGAAGGUUCGUCUAGAUCACACACCUGCCUACACUUUCGGUGGCAAAAAUGAUCCCAAGGUGGAGAAUAAUACUCCAGCUCCCGGAGAUUAUCACCCGGAAAAGGUAAGGCAGGAUCACAAUCCCGCCUUUUCCUUUGCAGGUCGUCAUGAUCUUCACAAACCCAGUGAUACGCCCGCCCCAGGAGCUUAUUCCCCCGAAAAAGUUCGUCAGGAUCACAAUCCUGCCUUUUCGAUGGCAGGCAAACAUAUCGAAAAGCUGGUAAAUGGUACACCUGCUCCUGGAGAUUACUGCCCAGAGAAAGUGCGAUUGGAUCACACUCCCGCCUACACUUUUGGUGGCAAGAAUGAUCCUAAGGUGGAGAACAAUACCCCAGCUCCAGGGGAUUAUCAUCCGGAGAAAGUAAGGCAGGAUCACAACCCAGCAUUUUCUUUCGCUGGUCGUCAUGAUCUUCACAAACCAAGUGAUACGCCCGCUCCAGGAGCUUACUCUCCGGAGAAAACCAGGCAAGAUCACAAUCCAGCUUUCUCAAUGGCCGGCAAGCAUGAUCCUAAGGUUUCCAAUGACACUCCCGCACCUGGUGACUACAGUCCCGAAAAGUUCCGCCACGACCAUACACCCUCCUACACUUUUGCGGGUAAAAAUGAUCCCAAAAUUGAGAACAAUACCCCUGCUCCUGGUGACUAUCAUCCCGAGAAAGUUAGGCAAGAUCAUGUUCCCGCCUUUUCCUUCGCCGGCCGUCAUGAUCUCCAGAAACCAAGUGAUACUCCCGCUCCUGGAGCCUACUCUCCCGAGAAGACCCGACAAGAUCACAAUCCCGCCUUCUCAAUGGCUGGAAAAUACAUUCAAAAGCUGACCAAUGGUACGCCAGCUCCGGGCGACUACUGUCCCGAAAAGGUUCGCCUGGAUCAUACUCCCGCCUACAGCUUUGGUGUUAAGAGUGAUCUAAAGUCGGAGAACAAUACCCCUGCUCCUGGUGACUAUCAUCCCGAGAAAGUUAGGCAAGAUCAUGUGCCCGCAUUUUCCUUCGCCGGGCGACAUGAUCUUCACAAGCCCAGUGAGACCCCUGCCCCGGGAGCCUACUCCCCAGAGAAAGUCAGACAGGAUCACAAUCCAGCCUUCACAAUGGCAGGGAAACAUGAUCCCAGGGUUUGCAAUGACACCCCAGCACCUGGUGACUAUCACCCCGAGAAGGUCAGGCAGGACUUCAAUCCGGCGUUCACCUUCGCCGGCAAACACGAUCCGAGACCCUUGAGCGAAUCCCCGGCACCCGGCGACUACAGCCCCGAGAAGGUGCGACUGGACCGAGCACCCGCUUUCAGCUUUGGCGGCAAACACGACCCCAAACCGGAGCACCUCCAUCCUGCGCCCUGCGACUACUCACCCGAGAAGGUUCGCCUCGACCAUACACCCGCCUACACCAUUGCAGGUCGACCAGCCGCCGAUCCCGUCAGCCAGACGCCGGCUCCCUGCGACUACCAUCCGGAGCAGUGCCACGUGGACAGCACCAGCACUCCGGCCUUCACCUUCGGCAUGCGACUGGGACGGGAGCGCAUUUCCGACACUCCAGCACCCUCCGCCUAUGAGCCGGAAAAGCACAACCUGCACUCCACACCCGCCUACAGUUUUGGCACCAAGUCGGAGAUCCGCAUGACUACCGAUGCCCCAGCCCCUGGUCACUAUUAUCCCGAGCAGUGCAAUCUGGACAGCUCGCCAGCCUAUAGUUUUGGCCUGAAGACAGUGCCCACUGCUUCGCUUCCAGAACCCAGGGGCGUGUACAUCGAAGAUCGCAUUGUCCAAAGACGCGAACGCCGUCUGGCCAGUCCCGUACGCAACAAUGCGGAAUGCACCACCACCACAACCAACAACAGCAACAAUGCUGGUAGCAGCAGCAGCACCACAACAACAACAACAACCACCACCACCACAAAGACCUUCAUCAAUGGGGUGGAGCAGCCGGAGCUGCAGCAAAAGCAAACCACCAAGCAGGUGAAUGGCACCGCCACCCACAAAGAGCUUAAGUCCGCACCACCAGCACCACUGAGCAAUGGCAACCACCACGCCAAGGUGGAAACCACCACAAUGCAGCAGGUGGUUCAAGGGCAGAAGGAUACGGGCAACAUGAAGGUGGUGGCCAGCGGUAAGUCGGAUGCCAGUGCCACCAAGGCGGCGGCCGUAAGCCACCAGACGGUGGUGCGAUCCGAUGGCGCCAUCGUCACCAGUGGCCAAUCCUCGAGGAUGCAGACGGUCAAGUACGCUGUGGAGGCGAGCAGCGUGCAGGAGAAGAUAAUCAGCUCCUAACGUCUACAAAAUACCCACUGUCAUGGGCAGCAGCAAGGAGGGCAAGAUCCGCUCGGCUCCGGCCUACACGAUCACGGGUCGCGAGAAGCCGCCGCUGAUUCC